AUGAAAAGCAGUUUUUGCCUCCUUUUUGCGUGCACCUGCUCCUUCUUUCUGUUGCAUCUGCAGGGAGGUGCAUGUUCUGAGGGCGAGCAGAAGCUCUUCUCCGUCAUCUUCUCCAAGUACAACCAGUACAUUCGACCGGUGCAGAACGUGUCCGAGCCAGUCGUUGUGCAGUUCGAGGUGUCCAUGUCCCAGCUGGUCAAAGUGGAUGAAGUCAACCAGAUCAUGGAGACCAACCUGUGGCUGAGACAUAUCUGGAAUGACUACAAGCUCAAGUGGAACCCAAAAGAUUUCGGAGGCGUCGAGUUUAUUCGGGUGCCGUCCAACAGGAUAUGGAAGCCUGACAUAGUGCUGUACAAUAAUGCAGUCGGCGACUUCCAGGUUGACGACAAGACGAAGGCUCUGCUCCGGUACAACGGCGAGAUCACAUGGAUCCCUCCCGCCAUCUUCAAGAGCUCGUGCAAGAUCGAUGUCACCUACUUCCCCUUCGACUACCAGAACUGCACCAUGAAGUUCGGCUCCUGGACCUAUGACAAGGCCAAGAUCGACCUGGUGCUGAUCGGCUCCACCAUCAACCUCAAAGACUUCUGGGAGAGCGGCGAGUGGAUGAUCAUCGACGCCCCUGGCUACAAGCACGACAUCAAGUACAACUGCUGCGAGGAGAUCUACACGGACAUCACAUACUCGUUAUACAUCCGUCGCCUGCCACUCUUCUACACCAUCAACAUGAUCAUUCCCUGCCUGCUCAUCUCCUUCCUCACUGUGCUCGUCUUCUACCUGCCGUCCGACUGCGGCGAGAAGGUCACGCUGUGCAUCUCCGUGCUGCUCUCCCUGACCGUAUUCCUUCUGGUCAUCACCGAGACCAUCCCCUCCACCUCACUGGUCAUACCGCUGAUCGGCGAGUACCUCCUUUUCACCAUGAUUUUCGUCACCCUUUCCAUCGUCAUCACCGUAUUCGUGCUGAACGUUCACUACCGCACGCCUAAGACCCACACCAUGCCGCAGUGGGUGCGCGGCGUCUUUCUGGGGCUGCUGCCCAAAGUCAUGUUCAUGACCCGACCGGAGAGGGACCCGGAGAAGACGAGGGAGACCGUUGAGAUGAUCCACCCGAGACCGUACGGCGGUCACGCCUCGGGCUCCCACCACAAGGCUCAGGCUCUGGCCUCCAGCGUGGUGUGCAGUCUGACCAACCGCCAGAGGCUCCCAAAUAAAACAGAGCUCUCCAAUCUCAACAACUUGAACACAAGCAAACUGACCAAAAGCACCGGAUUGGGCUCGCUGUGCCGUGAGGGACACUGCAACAGCUGUUGGCAUCAGAGGUCCGGGAAACUGCCAGCGGACUCUAGAGGCGGCGGCGGCUUGGCCAGCCUAGGGGUUCUGACUGGAGGCGGCAUGCCCGAAGCGGGGAGUCAAUGCUCCAGCUCGGAGUCUCUGGAUGCAGGAGUCCUUUCUCUGCUGCCGUUCUCCCCUGAGGUCAGGGAGGCCAUCGAGAGCGUCAGAUACAUCGCAGAAAAUAUGAGAAUGCAGAAUGAGGCAAAGGAGGUUCAGGACGAUUGGAAAUAUGUCGCCAUGGUGAUCGAUCGCAUUUUCCUGUGGGUUUUCAUCCUGGUGUGCAUCCUAGGAACCGCUGGCCUUUUCAUUCAGCCUCUUCUACUCGGGGAAGAUAUAUGAAUGCAUAUUAUUUUUAUUUUUUUCUAACAAUUCAAACUGUCAGAAUCCACAGAUUUUUUUAGGACCGCUUGAAAGACAUGACAUCAACGUAACAACGUCAGGCAUUUCACAAACCGUAGGAACUCGAAAUUGGUCUGCUUAGAAUGAAACAAAUUGAGUGGCAACCUGGGGGAAAAAAACAUUAUGAUCAUGGAGCGACACCGUAUGGUGAUCUUGUGCUACUGCAACAAAUAACCCGCAACAGUGACGUUAAAAAUGGACAUCUCCAUCCAGCUGGAGCCUAUCCCAGCUGACUCUGAGUAAGAGGAGACGCUGUAUACCCUGGACUGGUCACCAGCCAGUCAUAGGGUACAUAUAGACAAGCACACUCAUAUACACAACUUUGGACAAUUUAAGAACUUCAGUGAACCAAACAUGCAUUUUGGAAUGUGAAUCCCAUACAUGAGGGCCUGAGCAGAGAUUUGAACCUCAGAGCGAUAUCACCAUUCAGCCCAAGGAACAUAUUAAAUGGAUAAAAAAAAAUGAUAUAAACCCAGAAACUAUGGGAUUUAAAGAUACCAAAAAAUUAUAAAUAAUGAC